AUGAAGUUCGGCAAAUACAUCCUCAGUCAGCAGAUCUCUGGCUGGGGUGCUUACUAUCUCGACUACAAGUUUCUCAAAAAGAUCAUCAAUUCGCUCGAAAAGGGAAGACUCGCCGAUGCUGCCCUUUUUGCAACAGGAAUCCGUCCUGAAGACGUCGCCUCGGGCCAGUCGACCACAUCGCCUCAGCCACAGAUCUUGCCCAACAUCGAAGGCUCGGACGAGCUUCAGAUUCACAAGGCUGCCUUCUUCUUCAAGCUGGAACGAGAACUUGAAAAGAUCAACAACUUUUACCUUCAGAAAGAAGCUGAGCUCAAGUCUCGCUUGCAGACCCUCAUCGACAAGAAGCGCAUCAUCUUUGAAUCUCGCAACUCGUCCAAGCUCUCCAAAGAGUCGCCCUCCUACGUCGCUCUCUACGAAGGCUUCCGAUACUUCGAGAAGGAUCUCAGCAAGCUGCAGCAGUUUAUCGAGAUCAACGCGACCGGUUUCCGCAAGAUCUUGAAAAAGUGGGACAAACGCUCCAAGUCGCAGACAAAGGAGCUCUACCUCGCUCGUCAAGUCGAGGUGCAGCCUUGCUUCAAUCUCAAGUUCAUCGCCGAGCUCAGCGACAUCGCUGCCGCCAACUUGCUCGAGCUGGAAAACCUCUCACAUGGUCGGUCUUUGAACGAGACCAUCGGCGCCAACGGCACCAGCCUCUCCUCGGACAACCGCCUCGACUUUGCCGCUGCACAGAGUCAGGACUUUGAUGCGCUUGCCGAUCUCGAGGCCAAUCUGGCCGAGGCGGUCAAGGCAGGCCGAGUCGCUCCUGCCACCGAAAUGAUCCGCAUCGCGGCACAGAACGAAGAUGCCACCAGUGUCUCGCGUAUCGUAUGGCGUGCUCUGCUCGAAGCGCCUCACAAUGCAGUGCGCGCCGCCCUCGAACAUCAUCUUGCCGACUACAAGUUCGUGGACGACAUCAGCUCCCGAACGUGUCUGCACGAAGCGUCUAUGGCCGGCAAGCUCUACCUCGUCCAGGCGUGUAUCGAGAAUGGCGUCGACGUGGCUCAACAGGACAUCUACGGCCGCACUGCACUCUCCUACGCCGCCAUGGCAGGGCACACAGAAGUCUGCCAAUACCUGCUCUCGCUGCCUUCCAUCUCCGCUGCCACCUACGAUCUCGACGGCUUCUCUCCGCUGAUUCUCGCCGUCAUGAACGGCCGCACCGACGCUGUUCGCAUCCUGCUCGAUCACGGUGCCAGUGUCGAGUCGCGAGAUGCUACCGACCUCAUCCCGCUCUGUCUCGCCAGCUCUGGCGGCCACGCCGACAUUGUCAAGCUGUUGUUGCAAAAGGGUGCCAAGAUUGUCUCCAACGCGGAAGGCCUGUAUCCUCAGGCGCUUGCCGCACGUGCCGGGCACGCUGACUGUCUUCGCCUGCUCGUCGAAUCCGGCGGUGACCCGAACGCACCUGAGAAGGGAACACAAUGGACGCCUACCUUCUUCGCCGCCGAGAGUGGUCACGUCGACUGCCUCAAGGUGCUGCUCAACGCAGGCUGCAAUGUCAACAUCGUCGACGAGAAGGAGCGAACCGCCGCCUUCUACGCCGCGUGGAACGGAAAGAUCGCUUGCUUGCUAUUGCUCCUCAAAGCAGCGCAGCAGCAGCAAAUGCCACCACCACGCCAGGUCAAAGCCGCUGCGGCCAAAGCUAGCACGUCGAACGACGCGAUGGAUGACCUCGACCUCGAGAUCGACGGCAUUCCCGAUCUGUCGCUCCCGCCUCCCAUCAUCCCCUUCCGCACCUACGGCCACAACUACCUCGACAAGCGGGCGCUCGUCUCGGUCUCCCUCACCAACAACUCGGUCAAGCUCUACAAGCACCAAGACCCAAAUCGUCCGGAACAAUUUUCAACAUCGUCGCUCAAACUCGUCAUGACGUCGCGGCCGGACGCAUCGACCACAGCCAUCCCACACAAUGUCGUACUGCCGCUCGCCGAUGAGCGCGAGGUCUUCUCCUUCCAAGUGAACAGCUUGGAGAGCUUCUCGAUCGAGUGGGAGCUGAUGCCCACGUUCGGGUCCAAGGUGAUCGGCAAGGCGGUCGCGUUACCGAGCUCGUUCGAGGGUAUGACGGAUCGCAAGCGCUUCGUCCUACCGCUGCAGGAUGUGUACCUCAAGGUGGUGGGAGAAGUGUCGUUCGAGCUCGAUUUCGUCAAGCCGUUCGACAGUGUACAGCUCGAGAUCGGCGGACGGGUCGAGACGUACUGGAAGAGCAUGUUGCCCGGUGUAGCGGCUGCUUCGACUGUUGGGCCGACGAGGAUGACGCCCAACAGCGGUGUCAGCGGGAUUGGUGGGCCGCUGAGCAGCUCGACGGCCGCAGCUGGAUCGACGCCAGCGGGUGCAGACAAAGCUUCGGCGGCCAUCACCAGCGGCAAUGGCGCGAGCGCGACGCCAUCCGCUGGAUCUGCUGGUGCUGCAGCCGCUGCACAACCGACACUGGUUACAGGAUCUUCGCUUGCCGGAGAGUACUUGCGGGUUGUGGUGCAAGUGACCAAGGACGCAACAGCGAUAGUCUGGCCUGCGCCAUUCAUCCCUCUCCCCGGCCUGCAAGUCUACGUGGGCAGUGUCAAGUCGGACGAGCUUCUCUCGCUCGCCACCUCCACCGGCCACUCGCUCGACUGGACUCCGGCACAAGCAGCUUCCGCCUCGUGGGCGGACUGGCAGCGAGCGCUCUCCACCUCCGUCGUAACCCUCGAGAAGCUCCUCUCGCUGCUCCCCGUGACGGUCGGCAUCGACAUCGACGUGAUGUACCCCUCAACCGCCGAGGUCCGCUCCAACCCAGGCAUGCCCAAGAUGGAAGUCAACCAGUUGGUCGAUACGAUCCUGCACACGGUCUACGCAGCUGGUACGAGCAAUCGGGAGCAGAGUCGCAAGAUCCUCUUCUCAUCCCGAUCGCCGACAGUGUGCACAGCGUUGAACUGGAAGCAGCCCAACUACGCGGUUUUCUUUGCGUCCUUCUGCGGCAUUGAUGGACUUGCCAGCGAGAGAGGGGAGUUGUUGCCUUCGACGAGACACGAGACGGAUCCCAGAAGGGAGAGCAUAUCCGAAGCGGUACGGUUUGCAAAGUCGAAUAAUUUGUUGGGCAUCAUGGUGGAUGUGGCGCUGCUAAGACAUGUGCCGCAUCUGGUGGAGAGCGUUAAGGCGUCAGGACUGUUGUUGAUCACGAUUGGGAAGUUUGGGCAAGGGGCGAUAGGCGGGGAUGAAGAGGUGGUGGAUGUGGACGGCGAGGUGGACGAAGGGAUUGUCGUGUGUAAGAGUUAG